AGGGCUGCAGGAGAAACCAGCCGGAGGAAGUGGGAGGAGUGUGUGGAUACCAGAAUCAGAAUCGGAAUUGCAGAUGGCGCCUGACCUGCGCCACUUCGCCUCGCCAUCGUUCUGUCCGAGUUGGUGAAAGAGGAGGGAGGGGCUGGUUUUCUCUCGUAGUCUUUCUACGAUUCAUCCUCUGUUUCGUCGGCUACUGGUUAGCGCCGAUGACGAGGUAUUCGAAGAUAAAUCGCGGUACCCGAGAUAAAUCGAGCUAACCGUGUCGAGAGGAGAAAGGAAGGAAAAGGAGGGAGGAAACAAAGGUUCCAACGAGCGUAUCCGAUUUUUUUAAAGCGUUAAAUUAAAUCGUAAAAGCAAUCGUGAUGUUAAAACCCGGUGCUCGUGGUUGGCUGCGUAUAUCGAUUGAUACGUGAUCGUGGAUUUAUUGGCAUAUCUAUUUACGACCGUCGCUCAAUCAGAAGAUAACCUGCUUCAAGCGAAUUAACUGCUCGAGCUGUACGUUGACUCGUUGCGCGAUUGACCAUUGUAUCACAUAAACCGGAUGUCAAGAGUAGGAAAAACGAGUUAUUGGAAAUAAUUAUACGCAAGAUUCUGAAACGAAUAGUAAUUGUUGUAAAUGAAAAAAGGAAUCAAUUUACUUUUAUUGUAACAUAUAUUUAAGAUAUAUUCGUAAUAAUCGUAAUGUGAAGACUUUAUAAUUUAAAAACUUAACUUUUCGCUUGAAUUAAAUGUUAACGAUUUUAAAAAAUAUAUAAACUGGAAUACAAUAAAAUAUAACCGCGAUGUUGUUAUAUGAACUAUUAAUGAGGUUACAAGAUUCUAUUGUUAUUUUGAUAAUUCUGUAGAAACUGAUGUAUAAAAAAUCGGGUGAAGUUUGAUCGAAUAGUAUCGUUUUAUUCUUGGAAUUUAGUACGGGAAGUGAUCUCAAAGAGGUAGAAUUUCUUCGUGGGAAUGUUCGAACGCGCUCCUCGUCAGCAGUUUUACUAGGAAAGAAAAAAUGGCGCCCAUAGCCUCUAGAUCGCGCGACCACCGAGUAAUGCUGUACUCGUACUUCCGUAACGUGUACCAGCGCACAGUUCCCUAUUAGAAUUCCAUAAAUUGUUCACCGAGAUUUCGAGGUACUUUUUAUUCGACGAAAAUUAUGCCCGAGAUGAGGACCGUAUAUCGAAUCCGUAAUUUAUAAUUGUGAGCAAAGCCAUUUUUAAAAAAUCACUCGUGAGAGAUGUACACACGAUAUAAAGUGGCUUGUCAUUGAUGUCAUCGGGAAGAAGACAGACGUGUAAAACGAUGGAAAAGUGAAUGUUGUAUUCCUUUUAUCCUGAUACCGUGGUUCAGAAAAUCGAAUAGAAAUAAAAGGGUAUCUCAAUGCGCGAUAGGGAGACUAUAGAACAGACGUGGGACAGAAUAAAUCUUGUCCAAGAUGUCAGGAAGGCUACCCCGUCUGCGUGCACUUCGUCCACGACCCCAGCAAUUUAAAACGGAGUCACAUAAGGAAGGUAACCUUAAAGAGAAUCGUCAAGGAGUCGUGAUGAGGGAGCACGAGUUGCAAAGCGACACCGAACACAUUUCGUACAGUGUCAAAGACGAUGUCCCAAUAAAAAACAAUUCAAAGCACGAACACGAGGAGCUCGAUUGUUCGGGGUCUUCACAAAAUUACGAAUGUAAAACAUGCAAACCACCAAAACCUCUAUCAAGUCUUAAGGCGUAUCUCGAUCAUCUGAAAAAGGAGCACAAACAAAAGGGGAAAUACAUACGUGACACUGGAAAUCGAUGUUCUAUGUGUUCAUAUGUUGCAUUAAAUUCAAGAGAUCUUGAAACUCAUCAGAGAGUACAUCAUUUAAAGAGAAGGUUUUUCCGAUGUGCUAAGUGCUCUUAUGUAACACAUGUACGUGCUCGUUAUACAAAGCAUGUGAAAUAUCAUUCGAUGCCAAUGAUCAAAUGUGAUGCUUGUGAUUUCCGUACGCCAUAUAAGUGGAAUUUAGAUAGGCACACUAGAAAUCAUGGAGGAGGAGGGGCUUUUCAAUGUCGUGCUUGUAAUUUUACAGCUGAUAUUAGACAAAGUUUAACAGUGCAUGAAACUAAUCAUCAUGAACCUCCUGUGGGUCAAACAAAUCGUAAAUCUAGCACACCUUUCGAACGAAAACCAAGAAAUAGUCCUAAACGUUACAAUCAGGUGGGUGCAAGUGAUUUUCGGGAAUCACUACAUAUAUCUACAGGUACAACAGUCUCAAUCAGUCCUGGAGAUUCAUACAUUUCUGAUCAAUCCAUGGAAGAUAAGAGAAGUGCAAUAGCUAAUGCAGAAUGUAUAGCAUUGAAGUGUGAAGAAAAAGGAUGCCAAUUUAUUACUGCGUGGGAUUCUGAAAUGCAACGACACCUGGCAGAAUGUCACGCUCCAAUUACACCAAAUAAAUCCAGAAAACCACUGCCAAUGUUAAUUCCACUAAGUCCUACUAAGCUAAAUAGUAUUAACUCCAGUGGACCUUCAACGACGUUGUUAAAAGUUCCACGUGUUAGAGUAAGACCGGAACUCGCACAAAUUGCAAGAGACACGGAACUGGCAAAAUUGUAUGGAAAUAAAGAAGUCAGCAACUUAAAGAAGGAUGCGAAUAACGCGGCCGAUUUAUUUGAAAAAAAAAAUGCGUCGUUCUUUGAUAAGCUUAAGGAAAAGCUUACAACGACAGCGUCAAUUAAUAAUGGAGUACCGGAGGUAGCUGUAAGUACUACGAACGAUUUGAAAUGCUGGUGUACUUUUAAAGCUAGUAGCAUGGAAGAGCUGGCUUGUCACAAACAAAUACACCACACUGCUCUAAGUGUAUCCGUGGGCACAACGCGUUGCCCGAAGUGCAGGAGACGUUGCAAAAGUUCGACUGAUCUACAAGUGCAUAUGCAGUGUUGUCACUCGACAAGCAACGAUACGUCAAUACACAAUAGCUUAGAAAAAUUAUCAAAUUGUUCAGAACUCCGUGUGACCUCGUAUCGCGGUGAAUAUGCAUUCCCAGCGCAAACGGAUUGGGACGUUAAUCUCAACGGACUGAAUUCCUCUGGAUCAUCGGUUGAAGGUUCUUCGACGCAUCCAGGUGGCCGAUGGGUAUACAAAUGCCCGGAUUGUCCAUUUUGGGCAUCCACCGCAAGUCGUUUUCAUGUUCAUAUUGUCGGUCAUUUAAAUCGGAAGCCAUUCGAGUGUUCCCUAUGCGCGUAUCGCUCUAACUGGCGGUGGGACAUCACAAAACAUAUUAAACUUAAAGCAGCUAAAGAUCCAGUUCAUAUGACUGCCAGGGUACUUAUGAGGGAUGAAACAGGUCGACGGAAUUAUUCCAAAUAUAACAAAUAUCUUGCACAGGUCGAGCAACAGUCGUGGGAUGAUCAAAACAUGGAGGAACGUAGCGUGGAAGAAACGAAUUCUGAUGAACCGCCAACUAAGUUAUUCAUAAUGAAUAGCAACGAAUAUCGGCAAACAUCGGAUCUCCCGUCUUCUCCUAUUUCGAUCGUGUCUCCGAAUGAAGGAAACCAUAAUCUUAACACCAUUAACAUCGGAUUGAAACCACCACCGAUUCUUAAAGCUGCUGCGAGGAAUCGGGGACAGUCUUUACUUAAAAGCAAUUUGAUUUCCUCUCAUUCACUAUCAAGUGGAUCAUCAUCAGCGACGAUCGCAGAGGAAAAUAAACGUACUAUGUGGAAAUGCAAACGUUGCAAUUUUCGACAUUGUAGUAGAGAAAUUGUUUCUAUGCACGUUAAAUCUCACAGUGAACCAGCUGACCAACGCCAUGGAGAAGAAAAAAAUGUAUUUGGUUGUGGAGAUUGUCCAUUUUCCGCAUCUGAUGCAGCAACAUUAUCGAUGCAUAGAGUUCAUCAUCGUCCAAAUUUGGAUGCUAUUUUUAAAUGUUAUUUAUGUCCAUAUUAUGUCAGUACAAAAGUAGAGCUUUUGGAUCAUGUCAGACUUCAUGGAGAAGAGCUCGCCGUUGAGCACCAACAGAAUAUGGAGUACAAUUUCCCUACCAAGUCUAAAGCACAUCGAACUUUAAACACUGAUAAUAGUAUUAAUCGCACGAAACAAGAGAAGUCUGUAGAGCAAGUGAUUCAUAUCACAACGCAGAGCAACGUGACUUGCUUCACUAAUGUUUCGAAGAAUUCCGGAGCCCCACCGCCAUUGCUUCUUGAUACACGAGCACUGCCUGAAGCUCCAUUAGUAUGGGUGUCCCGACCAGAUGGUACACUAGCGAAAAUGUUAAAAUGUCGUCACUGCCCUUUUGUAUCUUCGCGACGAGCAGAAGUCCAGGAUCAUGAAACCAUGCACCUAGAUACUCCUAGUAAUGGUCCUGUGGUCGCUUGUACAGAUUGUAGUUUCACUUGCACACGGCGAGAAGUCAUGGUUGCACAUACAGAUAUGCAUUCCGGAUCUUUAGGCACCGUUCAUUGCUUGGUAGAUGAUUCAAGGCCAGAUUCGCAGCAAUUAAGCGAUUUGGCUGCGCUUCUCGGCUUUACUCAUUCUCCGGUAUUAGGUUCGGAACCUGAUCUACGAGACUUAAGACUUGUGCAUUGUUGUAGCAAAUGUCCAGCGCGAUUCCUUUGCGAAAAGGAAUUAAGAAUACAUUUAAGAUAUCAUUCUACAGAACUAGCUUAUUCUUGCCAAUGGUGUUCUUAUGCUGCUCGACAACCGGCCCAUCUUUUAGCCCAUCAGAAGGCACAUUCUACGGAGUAUCAAGAGCGUACCAAAUAUUUGUUAUCUUUGUACGGCCAGUCACAGCGAUACCCGCCCCCUACCACAGCUUGUGUUGAAGCAAAUAAUCAAGAUUCAAAUAAUUCUACACCUACUGUCGCAUGGAUUGUAGUCGAAGUUACAGAAAGUUCCAACAACGGGUUUAAUAGUAGCAUAAACAACACAAAUCAACGAACUGGUAAUCAAGUAUUCACUUGUGCAAAAUGUCCGGCUCGUUAUUUCAAAUUGGAUGCUCUAGAAUAUCAUAUGACCUUGCAUGGAUCAAACAAUAGAUUUAAAUGCACUGAGUGUGACUAUUCGUCGAAAACGGCUCAGAAUUUAGUGAAACAUCAGGUAGUUCAUAGACGUCAAAACGAAGCGAGCGAUGUAACUUCAAAUCUGUCGCCUCCUCCCGACCCACAGUUUGGACUUUUUAUGCGUGGGAAUCCUAACUUUGUAUAUCCUGGUUAUUUAAGAAACGGCCGAUUAAAAGAAAAGCGAUAUAAAUGCCAUAAAUGUCCUUCUGCCUUUGAGAAACGAGAACAAUACAGAGUUCAUCUAACUCUGCACGGUGCGAAACAAAGAUAUCGCUGCGAUACGUGCGACUAUUCCGUAAAAUAUUACGCUAAUUAUAUUCAACAUCUGAAGAAACAUCAGGCAAAUGCAGAGGCGCAAGCUUCACGUAGACAAUUUGAAGACGAUACAAUUACCAUUGAUAGCGAUAAUAUUUCCGAUAAUAUAGGCUCCAUUUCACGUUCAGGAAAGACGCUUAAAUCACCCAAUAAUUCAGCUUCAAUCAUGACUACAAAUGGUAUAUCAGUGUUAAAUUUUGGUGGAGCACAGGCCUCGAAUCAAGAUAAGCAGUCCUUAAUGUUGCUACAAAAGAAAGGGAUACUUCUAUCUUCUAACGACGAAAUGGAGACGUUACGUUGUCAAAGCUGUCCGUUUUCUACGUGUGACAAAGACAUGAUGGAUGCUCAUAAGCGUCGACAUGGCAUUGAAAGAAUGACACCGUCUUGUCCUCAUUGCGAUUAUAUACCGCGAAAAGAUGAGAAUGUCGGCGAACAUAUUAGAUUGCAUUUUACAAGACUUUAUAAACCAGAAUCCUAUCUUAUUAUAGAACUAUUAACAUUGACAAUGAAAAAGAUAUCUUCAAACGGAAAGGAAGAGAAACAAAAGGCUGCCGAAUUACUUUUUAAAGAAUACGCGGAUGGAAGAUUUUUUCCUUUUACCGAUACCAAUUCCUUUGGGAGUCCUCCUACUGUGAGCAGUUACAAAGAAAAAGUCAUAGUCGAUCCAAAUACAGGAGAAACGAAACAUUUAACUGUUUAGAAAAAAUUAAAGUUGUCAAAAUAAUUGCAUAUUGUACAUUUCUCUGUAUAUAACAAAUAUGGUGCAUUUUAAAUGUUUAUGAAUAUUUUCUAGAUUCAUUGAUUCAACAAACUAUAAAGGAAUAAUGGAGAAAAAACUGUUACGUUCCAAAUAGUAGGUUAUAGAAAUCUGCAUGAAGAAAUGAACAUGGUUAGGCUUGUAGUAUUGCUACAUGUACAGAAUGAAAUUUUGAUCAAUAAUAAUAUCUGUAAUUGCUACUGUAUUUCUUAUAAAUGAACGCGAUCAUGAUUAUAAUCAUUAAAAUGAGUAUUUUUCAGCGUCAUGCUUAACAAAUAUGAAACAAUGCCAUACUUUGUUCAUAUAUUAAACAUUUUCUCACAUGCAUAUAGUUUAAUUUUAUUGUAUAUAAUAUCCAAAUCCAUGAAUCUUGUACAAUACAACAAUAAACGAAUGCUAUAUACAUGUAUAGAUUUA